AUGCCAUCUACUAGAAGACAGCCGCAACGGGCGCCGUCAUUUUCUCACAUUUACAAUUCUGAUGUGAUUGAAAGCCCGCUUUCAGAUACCCCUCUUAGUGACUUUCUUUCUCCCUUUCGCCCUGCAUCAACACAAUGGGUCGCCAGAUAUACCUUCAUAUCAUUUGCAUUGAUUCUGCGACUGGCUGUAGGGCUUGGCCCAUAUUCGGGGUACAAGAUUGAGCCGAUGCACGGUGAUUUUGAAGCCCAACGUCACUGGCUUGAGAUCACCAAUCACUUGCCUAUAAAGGACUGGUAUUUUUUUGAUUUACAAUGGUGGGGGCUUGACUAUCCACCUUUAACAGCUUACCACUCGUGGCUCUUGGGGUUUAUUGGCAAGUUGAUUAACCCACGUUGGUUUGAGCUUAACGCGUCGCGAGGUCUGGACGACUACGAUUUGAAGUCAUACAUGCGUGCCACUGCCCUUUUUUCGGAGCUUGCUAUAUAUAUCCCUGCUGUGAUUUCCUAUGUUCGCUGGGUGUCUAAACAGCGUGGUGUUUACCCCAUUGCUCAGUCACUUUCGGCUGCUGCAAUCUUAUUCCAACCAGCCUUAAUUCUUAUUGACCAUGGCCACUUUCAGUACAAUUCGGUAAUGCUUGGACUUGCGCUGCUAGCUAUUGUUAAUUUACAAUACAAAAAGAACUUGACGGCAUGCUUUUUCUUCGUUGCAGCACUCAUGUUCAAACAAAUGGCACUGUACUACGCACCAGUUAUCUUCGCAUACUUGCUCGGUGUUUGUGUUUUCCCCAAAAUUGACAUAUGGAGACUUGUGACAAUCGGUCUUGCUACUGUCUCCUCUUUUGUGGUCUUGUUGGCACCGCUUUUAGUUUUUGGUGGUGUGGCAACAUUGCAGCAGAUGGUUGUGCGAAUUUUCCCCUUUUCGCGUGGCCUUUGGGAAGACAAGGUUGCCAAUGUCUGGUGUACGGCCAAUACAUUUAUCAAGCUCAAAUAUAUGUUUACAAAUGAAGAACUUCAGCGACUGAGUUUGAUUGCUACACUGGCAGCCAUUGCUCCUGCCAUGCUUAUUAUUUUUCUGAGGCCGAAACGACAUCUGCUUCCAUGGGCUUUUGCUUCGUGCUCCUGGGCUUUUUACCUUUUUUCAUUUCAGGUCCACGAAAAGUCUGUUUUGUUACCGCUCAUGCCUACAACCCUGUUGAUUGCGUCGCAACCUGCUAGCUCUCAUCCCCGCGGCCAGUCCAAGAAAUCUUGCAACAGCUUGCCGCUGAUUUUCUGGAUCAACAAUGUAGCCAUGUUUUCUAUGUGGCCUCUGCUCCAGCGUGAAGGCCUGCAACUUCAGUACUUUGUAAUGACACUGUGUUGGAACUGGCUUGUGGGUAAUUUCAACUUUCUGACUCAUGAACACAAGCUACAAACAUACUUGCUGCCAUCUUCGGGAUUUUUCUGGCGCUCUGUGCUCGUGUUGUCUUAUGCCGCCAUGGCUUUCUAUCAUGCCGUAGAACUUUUGCUGCCUGCCCCAGCAAAGUAUCCGGACAUUUACCCCGUGGCCAACAUCACCAUUUCAUGUGGGUGCUUUGGUUUAUUCUGGCUGUACACCUUGUAUAAACUUUAUAGCCUGAGUUCACAGCCUGAGCCUAAGCCCCGCAAGUCUAAAUAA